CUUGCGCGGCUCGUGCCGCGCGCGCGAGUUUUGAGUUUGGCUUAUCUUUUCUCAUUCUGCAACAACGUUUCUUUCCAACUAAUUUGAGAAAUUGGGAUUUCUUGGUUUAAUUUGCGGCAGAUUAGCGUAAACAUAUAGGAACAAAUUACGAGUGCUAAAUAACCAGUAGAUAAUAUGCUUACUUCAUUUUAAAUGCAGAAGACGCACAACAAAUGUAAAGUGUUAUUUCUUUUAUAGACAUAAAAUUGGUGAAAUCAAGUUCUUUAGAGGAAGCGGAAUACAUUCGAUAAGAAGAUGCAUCAAGUUUCAUGAAAUUAAAGGUAGCGAGCUAGUCGACGAAAUGACAACGACCACGGGCGAUCCGUCGACCCUGAAGACCCCGGCUUCUCUGUCGGGCGGAGAUCUCGUUUCCCGCUUGUUGGCGGCCACUCCUCCGUACCUGUACAACGUGCCGCUGACGCCGCACAGCUUCUUCUUCAGUGAAAUGCUGCGAUCCUUCGUGCAAGCCAAGGCGGAAGCGUCGUCGGCCGCGGGUAGCGGCGGCAGCGGCGGCGGCGGCGGCGGCGGCGGCGGCGGCGGGACACCGAACGCGCCGCGACGUCGAAAGCGAUCCUGGCGCGACGCUCGGGACCGGCCUCUGGAACUCACGACGAAGGAACGGCCGCAUCAUCAUCACCACCAUCAUCACCAUCACCAUCCGGACAAGUACUACCACACCGCCGCAGCGCAGCAACCGCCUCAAGUGCCGCCGGAGACGCGUCUGGAGAACGACGGCAAGCGACCCGACGUCUACUCCGACGCGGAGACUAAAGCCACCGCGUUCGAUCAGAAACCUACGUUCGGCGCCGACAUCCUGAAGCCGAUCGACGAGAACAAGACGGAGUAUCCGCGGCAGCACGGCAAGAACUACUUCGACGAGCGGCCGCGGCACUUUGAGCAGGCCCAGCCGCCGGAGAACGUCUUCCCCGGCGGCGAGGCGCGCAAAGUCAAGCCGGAGGAGUCGCAGCAGCUGGAGCGCACCAGGAAUUGUACUUUCGACAGCGGCAGGGUCUACGACGACCGCUCGAAGAGCAUCGUGGCCGGCCAGGAGGCGCCGCCGUUACAGCUGCCGGACCAGAAGAAGCUGGACUUCGCGCGGGGACCCUUUCUGCCGGGCCUGCCGGGCCGAGGCUGCGACGGUGUUCUUCAGGGCGUGAAAGGCUUCACGCUGCCCAACGGUAUAACCGGCCCGGCGGAUUUUCUACCCGGACCGUUGUGGUACCCGCCGUACCCGAUGCCGCAGUCCUAUCCCGGCAUCGAUCCCCUGCAUUUUUUCAUCGAUCUGCGCGUCUCCGGCCACAUCUGGGACCGCAAGCACGCGAACGAGCGUCAGCUACCCUUCAAGAGCAAGCACUGCUCGGCCUUCAGUGUGCCGCAAUCCAAGGAAUACGGCAACCGGCCGUUGAAUCUCACCCGCGACGAAGCCGCGACGUCGAAGAGCACGGACGCGGAGAACACGCGGGGCACCAACUACAUACUGAAGCACCUGACGAAAACGUAUCAGGAUAUACAGCAAACGAAGCUCUCUAGGAUGGACUCGUCGUCGGAGAACGAGGAAAGUUUAAAGGAGGCGCAUCAAGCUGGCGAGGAUAUCGCGAAGGUAGAAGACGCCGGCGGUACGGCGACGAAUUCUGAAGAGGAAAGGAAAGACCUGCGGGCUCUGAUCGGCCUCGAAUUAGUGGUGGACUACGUGAAGGAGCCGAAGGGCGACCCGCCGGCCGAGCAAACGUCGCAAGUAGCGGAAUAAUAACUUAUUUGUAACGAACGCGACUCCGCGCCGGACGGUCUUUAAUCAUUUUAAU